AAUGGAUAUGUGUCAAAAGUGAUCCCUAUAUUUAGCACACUCUUUAGGGCGUUAGUUGGAUGCCCCGGCUUAACUCUUAAGGAAGGCAUACCUUGCCGAAAGCUGAAGACGUGAAGAGAGAAAAUGGAUUACGCGCUGCGAACGAGGACCAAUUCUGCUUACAAGGUGUGUUCUCACAGGCGCAGCUCGCGUGCAAGGUGCCGGAAUGGAGUUACCGCCACACUCCUUACCGACCCACCUACAACAAGCGGAAGGGGGGCGAACUCUUCUGCACCUCCUGGGGAACGACGCACAGCGGGCGAAUACGCUUGCCCCAGGCCCAACCCUGUGGCGCAGGACAGAUUCCAAAGCCCUAGGCCUGUAACAUUGGCGAUGCUGAAUGACGUGCGGACUAUGUUUAAUUCGCUACUACACGAAUACGCUUACUGGGUGGACGAGGCCUGGGUGACCGGCACCAUCCCCCCCGAGCUGCACGGCACCUACUACCGCAACGGCCCCGGCCUGCACGUGGCCAACCCGCGCUACCGCCGCCACACGCUGGACGGCGACGGCAUGGUGUUCAGCCUGGGCUUCAGCGGCGGGCGGGCCUACUUCCGCAACCGCUACGUGCGCACCAAGGGCUUCCUGGAGGAGCAGGCUGCUGGUCGGCCGCUGCUGCGCAACAGCUUCACGCGGGGUGCGGUGGACGGCAGCCUCAGCUUCAACCCCUUCGACCUGCGCUUCAAGAACGUGGCAAACACGAACGUACUGCCCUGGGCGGGCAAGCUGUACGCGCUGUGGGAGGCCGGCCUGCCCCACCUGAUGGACCCGGCCACCCUGGACACCCUGCGUGAGAGCCGCAUGGGCGGCCAGAUCCGCACCGACACCUUCGCAGCGCACUACCGAGUGGUGCACGAGCAGCAGCAGCAGCAGCCCGCCGCAGCAGCUGGCCCUGCGGGUGAUGGACCCAUGGGUCAGUCGACCUCCUCCUUCACCAGAAGCAGUCGGCGGCUGGUUGCGUUCUCCAACGAGUUCAGCUUCACGGGCGGUCGGGCGGUGUUUUACGAAUUCGAUGAGGGCGGGCGGCUGCUGCACGAGAGCGAGCAUGCGCUGCCGGGUAUCGACAUUGCGCUGAUCCACGACAUGUUGGUCACGGAGCACUGGUACGUGCUGGUGGUGGGGCCCAUCCGGCUGCAGCCCACAAAGUUCGCCACGCAGUACGUGUGGGGCGGCUGCUCCAUCGCCGAGUGCCUGGUGUUCGACGAGAAGCAGCCCACACGGGUCAUGCUCUUCCCGCGGCCGGGGCGACCCAGCGGCAAGGUGCUGUCCCCCCGCGUGCUGACCGCCGACCCCUUCUUCGUCUUCCACAACGUCAACGGCUGGGAGGCGGAGGGCGGGCAGCUGCUGGUGCUGGACACGGUGGCUUGGGACCGCGUGUCGUUCGAGAUGGAGCUGUUCGACAAGGACAUGAAGCGGCUGGACGGGUUCGUGGGCGGCGCCCGCACGCAGCUCACCCGCCUCACAUGCGACCUGCGCACCGGCCGAGUGGAGCGCCGCAAGCUGCUGCAGCGAACCGUGGAGUUCCCCGCCAUUGACCCACGGGUCGUCGGCCGCCCGCACCGAGUCGCCUGGUUCGUCGGCGACGCCGUCAACGACCCCGUCCACUGGGCCCCCCCGCAAGCCGUCAUGCGAGUCGAGCUCGACCCCACCCUCAGCCUCUUCCCCUCCGCCGCUUCCACCAUUGCACCCAACCACCAACCGCCACUCCAACCACCCUGUACGGCACCGGGCGCGGUGCACGGCGCCGAUGCGGGUGCCGUACCGGGUGUUGCCGUAGACGCCUGGUACCUGCCCGACCGCAGUUUUCCUGGCGAGCCCAUGUUCGUGCCGCGCCCGGGUUCCAACCGCGAGGGCGAGGGCUGGCUGCUGAUGGGGGCGCACAACGCCGCCACGGAGCGAGCGGAGGUGCUCAUCUUUGACGCGGAGUCGCUGUCCUCCGGGCCGCUGGCCACCAUUCACCUGCCGCACCGGCUGCCUGUGAGCCUGCAUGGCGCCUGGGAUGCGACGUACCGGGGUCCGGACCCGGGGGACGAGUCGGUGCCUCGGUGGCAGGAGCUGGGGAGUGUGCGGGCUCUGUGAGGGGUGGGGUGAGGUGGAGUGGGCGGGCAGCAGAGUGUACGGGUGGUAAAGAGGGCUGGUGAAGAGUUGCGGGCUGCCAGGGGCCGAUUGAAAGGGAAGGCAACUGCAUGAUGUGCUUAGGUGAAGUAAAGGUGGUGAUGGUGUGUAUGAGGCGCAUGUAUGGGAGGGGUGUGGACGGUGUGGGCGUCGGGAGGAUGUUGUGGCAAUUGUUGAAAGCGGGAUGGGAAUGAGGUUGGGUGGUGUCCGGGGCUAUGGUUUGGCGCUGGCAGGAGGAGGGAGAGAGCUGGCUUCAGUAUUCCUUGACUGCAAAGGUGGUGUGCGAGGGCAGUCAAGAGUACACAUUCUUGAAGAGCAGUGGUAUCCCCUGAUGGUCAUUAUUGCUGCGAUGGUGGGGCACAUGAGGAGGUCGCCAUGCAUGUCGUACCGGGCAUGGAUCCUGCUGAACGGCGGGGAGAGGCAUGGCCAGGUGCUGUGGAGUCGGGGAGAGGGAAGGAGAGGAGGUUAGGGUGGUGUGAGGGGUGGCAUGUAGUGUGUAGCCGCUGCUGCGCAUUAGGCAAGAGAGGAAGGAGGGAACGGACGUCGCAUGGAAAGGAUUACAGCAUAUCCUUGUUGCAUUUCUACUGCGGGAAGAGGUGCGGUGAAUUAUGUACGUUUUGAGUGGGAACGGAGGAAAGUUGAGGCCGGUUAUUGAGCCAUAAAGUUGCGGUGCUUACCAACUCGGGGGUUGCACAGGUGCAUGUUGUGCGGUCGUGCGAGGCUGUGAAUGCCUGUCAGUGUCACGGGGAGGGCAUGCGCGAUGGUGAGUUGGUGAGGAGCACCGCCGGUGUACCGAGCCCAUGGUUGUGCUUUCCUAGUUGUGCUUUUGGCUUUAUUACCUUUUGGGCUUUAUGACAACUCAGUCAUGGCUCUCGGGUUUGCAUGGAGAGCGAAGCUGCACGAGCGAUUGCCAACCCUGCGUCCGCAAUAUGUGUCAACGGUCGCUUGUUGUUGAUGGCACAGUGUCCCCUACCUGUCGUACAUUUUGGUAGUUAAAAGUGUUAUAGGGCAGUGAAGAAAGUGGUAGCUAAGAGGCCAAUGGAGAAAUGUCAAGACAACACAGUAUCGCUAGUACGAGUGCAGGAGCGGUAGCAGGUAUGAGGAUUUGUUGCUACCGGCAUCAAGAGCGGUGAAGGGUGAUGGUUGCCUGUGCCCUAGGAUCACUAGGGGGGCACUGUAUGUCAUGGGUUCAUACUACAUAGUUCUGCGGGGUCUGCGCUAGCUGUCCUUUUGACGUUUGGUUUGUUGGCGUGUUUGACCGCGUUUCGUGCUUUGACCAGAUGGGGAAUUAUGCACUGUACUUACGUGUAGCAGCCAGAUGCACACCCAUUCCCGUGCUCCGUGCGUGUCAUGGUGUCUUUUGCGUGGCGGCAUACGGUCCCAAUUUGGCCAAUGCCGUUUGUUCUGGAGCGGCCUGAAUUGAAACUGCUGUCGCAGCAAUAACGCCGGCCGUUAGAUUAUUCAUUCAAUUAAGACUGUUGGCGGUCGUUGGUGGUGGUUGGAAAUCGGUGGCAAAAGAAUGAUUGCUAGUUUGCUACGCACGGUGUGUUUUCCAGGGCAACAGCAGGGAAGCUAUAACCCAAAGAAGCCUUACACUAGCUGGUCCUCUUGUUCCUGGUGGUGUGCGCGUUAUUCCUCCUUACCUAAUUCCUAAACGUCUCGCGAGAGUAUGCGGCCUUUGCAAGACAGCUCAUAACUUUUGUACAAAUAUGCGGCAUGGGGUGAUACCUGUGCAUGGGCGCUGACCCUGCCCCGUUGUUGGGGCACAUGAAAUCGACGGUGGUUGGCAAACAAGGGUCUAUUUGGUUCAUUUUUCCUGAGUGCUUGGGUUUUCUGGGUCAUGUGUUGUGUUGGAAAUUGUGCAGGGCCAGCAUUGCCUGCUAGCCUAUUUCCUAUUGCUUAGCUGGUCAACCACGAUGCAAAGAAGCGAGUAGGGGGGGAGGAGUUCCGAGGAGGACGUUCCUAAAGGCGCAGCAGGGAGUUGCAGGGUGGUACGAAUCUGUCCCCGCCUGCGUGUCCUGUCCUUUCAUGUAACUUGUAGCUAACG